AUGGCUAAUAUUGUCGGAGAUCCACAGGAUUUCUUUAGUUAUACCAGUGGACGAUGGGUUUGGGAUGAAAAGCAGCAACUUCAAGAGAGGUAUCGCAAAUUUGAUAUACUUGAAAUGCAGAAAAUUGCUAUGGAAUCAUCAUCAUCUAGAUCUUGUGUUAGUAUGGCAAAGAUAGGGGAAGGGUCAUACAACAAGUCAUUCAAGCUUACUAUGGGCAAUGGGAAGACAGUUGUUGCUCGAAUUCCAAAUCCAAAUGCUGGGCCAGCUUUCCUGACAACAGCAUCUGAGGUUGCCACAAUGGACUUUUUAAGAACCAUACUCUGUCUUCCAAUCCCCAAAGUUCUUGCAUGGAAUUCUGCAGUUGACUCUAUGAACUGUGUAGGGGCUGAGUACAUCAUCAUGGAGUAUGCCCCUGGUAAAAAUCUCGCAGAUGUUUGGACAGACAUGGAUCUUGAAUGCAAGGUGCAGAUGAUGGAGGAUAUAGUGACCAUCCAACACAAAUUUUUAUCAUUGAAAUUCUCUGAGGAAGACGCACCUCCUGGAUCUCACCCUGCAAUAGUUGAAGGAGGCAACUUGUCACAUGAACUUAAGCAUAAAAUUGCUGAGAAGUUUUCUAUUGGGCCAAUAGUAGACACGGCAUUCUGGAGUAAAGGGCGAGGCGAUAUGGAUAUCUAUCGUGGACCAUGGGCUUCUGCAGUUGACUACAUACAGGCUUUUGCCCUUCAAGAGAUAGCUUGGAUCCAGAAACAUGCAAUUCCGCGUUCUCCAAAUGAUCCAUUAUUCGUUUCCCACAGCCAGAAUGAUCCUGCUGAACACGUUUCUCUUCUCCAGAGAUAUUUAUCCAUUGCUCCUCAUCUGGUUCCACAGGAGGAAGGUAUUUUAGGGUCAUUCUUAUGGCACCCAGACCUUCGCACUCCUAAUAUUUUUGUCGAUGAUAGAGGUCAUAUUACUAGCAUCAUUGACUGGCAAAGCACAUCAGCUGGUCCUUUGUUCCUAGAAGGCCGUCAUCCUCAUUUCCUCAAUUAUAACGGUGAUUUGAUACUUGAACUACCUGAAAAUUUCAAGCAACUGGAUGAAAAUACGCAAAGUGCUGUUAAGGGCAAAGUCACUGACUCAAUCCUAUUAUAUCUCUAUGAGAAAUAUACAGCAGAAAGAAACCCAAUUCUGAGCAAAGUGUUCCAGUAUCCAAAUGGCAAGACACUAACAGAUCCAAUCUGCUUUGUUGGGAAUACAUGGGAUGGAGAUAUCUUACCACUACGAGAGUCUUUGAUAAGGAUACAGAAGAAGUGGAGUUCACUAGGCCAUACGGUUGAGUGCCCCAUCAACUUUUCUCCUGAAGAAAUUCGAAAACAUUAUGAGGAUAGUGAAGGCUGGAAUGAAGUACAAGACUUUUGGGACGCCUUAUCAGGAAUCAUGAGCAGGGAUGGCUGGACCUCACAUGCAACAUACGACUAAGCUAUUUCCAUUUAUUCUCAGAUCCAGGCAGAAACAGCCCCUCACUCAAGCCACGAUGUAUAAUACUGGAGGGAUAAGUUAAUUCUGUGCGAAGAUUGCUCCAGAAAACAAUUUUUU